CCUUCUUGGUCGCGAGACUCCGCGAGAGUUGUUCUUCGUCCGCCAUAUUUGCCCUUGGGUGAGAGGGUGUUUCUCCUUGGUUUGGUGAAAAAUCCGAGUUCCACCAUGCCGCUCCUAAACCUGGGCCACAAAUGGGACAACUGGAUGUUGUCUGGUGCCAGUAGUGAUGACAAGGGACAAACUCACAGGUGUUUUCAUUUUGAGAAGGAGUUCAUUGAGUGUGCCAGUGGGAUUGGCAAGACCCGCGCCAUCAGAGAGUGCAAACCAGAGUAUAUGGACUUCUUGGAAUGCAUCCACAUGAUCAAGCAGAGAGAACGACUGAGGAUCAUCCGUGAAAGGAGGGACAAACUGAUCAAGGAGGGCAAAUACACACCACCAGAGUACACUCGGGAUACACUACCACAAUAAACAGAAGAAAACAUCAACAUAUAUAGACAUGCAUAGCUGGUACAUAUACCUAACAUAGAGUUUUCAGUAAUGUGAACCUGUGUAUCCCUUAUGAUUGACCAAACUGCCCCUGAACAAAACAAAAACUUCAGCUGUACAUCACUUUGUCAAAUUUGAGCAGUAUCAUUUGUUUUACAAAUGGUAUUCUAGGACCUAUUCACCACAUAAGCACCACAUAAGUUUUCAGAACUACAAGUAGCUUCCUCAAUGUUAUAAAGGUAAAUUACACCCCACGGGACUUGCUUGGGAAUUUUGACUUACAUCAUGAUAAUGCUUUUGUUCUGCAUCCAAACUGCAGAUUUUACAUAUCUUUA